UUCGCUUUGCCCCGGAGCGACGUCACAGCAAGGUGGAGGAUGAGUGCAAUUUUCCUCGCUCUAUCAUCCAAAGAAAAUACAGACUCCAACACAGUCAGUCGUUCAGACGCCCGUACCUGUAGCCGGUGCAGACAACCAACCCGGACUCGGCUUACUUAUUCAGCGGGGGUUCAUUUGGGCUGUAGUGAGACGACGCGGGACUUAUUGAACUUUUCAAAAUAACUUCGGAUGUCUUUCUCCCUUCUUUUUCAAACUGCGUCGGAGACUUCUUUCUGAGUAUGCCAAAUGAUCUCCCCAUUUUUUGGAUAUCCUUUACUCUCCCGGAGCGCAGACGUUUGGGUGACUUCAUGAGUUCUUCCAUCGAUAUCUUCUCAGGAGGAUGUAGUUGACCGUGACGACAUGAAGAGGUUCACCACACGUCUGAUAGCGGACUUCUCUCGAGUGCCCUCUUGACCGUCCUGAUAACCGCACCGACGCGCUUCUGGCUGAUGGGGCAAACGUCUGGGUGAUGGAGCAAACGUUUGGGUGAUGGAGAAAACGUCUGGGUGAUGGAGAAAGCGUCUGGGUGAUGGAGCAAACCCCGGAUUCCCCAUGUGAAGCUCCAACUUAUUAACAUUCUGCGUGGACUGUACUCAUCGUAGCACACUCGUGUCGGUGAACCUUUACAUUCCCUUCUGAGGAUCUGCGUCGUUUUACCAUGAGGAUCCCAUUGUCCCGGAUCCAACUGGCCCUGUUCUUUAUUCUGCUGUGCCCGGUCAACAUCAUCGGCCUAUGGUGGGCGGUGGGCAGCCCGCUGGUCAUGGACCCCAACAGCAUCUGCAGGAAGACCAAGCGGCUGGCGGGCAAGCAGGCUGAGCUGUGCCAGACGCAGCCCGAGAUCGUGAGUGAGGUUGCCAGAGGCGCGCGGCUGGGGGUCCGCGAGUGCCAGUUCCAGUUCCGCUACCGCCGCUGGAACUGCACCAGCCUCAACAAGUACUUUGGGAAGGUGCUGCAGCAAGACAUCCGGGAGACGGCGUUCGUGUACGCCAUCACGGCGGCGGGAGUCACCCACGCCGUCACCCAGGCCUGCAGCAUGGGGGAGCUGCUGCAGUGCGGCUGCGAGGCCACCAGGAGCCGGGCCCCUCCGCGGCCCCCCGCCGCGGGCCCAGGGGAGCCCGCCGGCUCGGGGGAGGGGGGCAAGUGGGAGUGGGGGGGCUGCGGGGACGACGUGGAGUUCGGCUACGAGAAGUCCAAGCAGUUCAUGGACACCAAGCGGCGUCGAGGGAAGAGCGACAUCCGGGCGCUGGUGGACCUCCACAACAACGAGGCUGGGAGGCUGGCAGUGAAGCUCUACAUGCGCAUGGAGUGUAAGUGCCACGGGCUGUCGGGCUCGUGCACGCUGCGCACGUGCUGGAAGAAGAUGGCACCGUUCCGUGAGGUGGGCGACCGGCUGCUAGAGCGCUUCAAAGGCGCCUCCAAGGUGAUGGGUGGCAACGACGGCAAGACGCUGAUCCCCGUGGGCCACAACAUCAAGCCCCCCGACCGCCAGGACCUCAUCUACUCGGCCGAGUCGCCCGACUUCUGCCAGGCCAACCGCAAGACGGGCUCGCUGGGCACGCGCGGCCGCACCUGCAACAGCACCGCCAUGGACGUGAGUGGCUGUGACCUGCUGUGCUGCGAGCGCGGCCACCGCGACGAGACGCUGGAGUUCGAGGAGAACUGCCUGUGCCGCUUCCACUGGUGCUGCGUGGUGCAGUGCAAGAAGUGCUCUGUGCGCAAGGAGCUCAGCCUCUGUCACUGA